GGCAGCUUCAGUUUUGAGCGCGGGCUUUCGAAACGAUGACAAUAACAGAAACUAUCCCGGAGGAGGAGCGAGAUGAACAAGUCGGCUCGGAUCCAUUCAACCCCUUUCAUGAUAACAAACCAGCAUCUGGUCCUGUUCUGACCCUGCGCGCUUUGGUGGUCGGCAUCCUCUGCGGCACUCUUGUUAACGCGUCCAACAUCUACCUUGGCCUAAAAGCCGGGUGGACGUCGUCGGCUAACAUUUUUGGCUCCGUUGUUGGUUUCGCUGUUCUCAGAAAAUGGGCCAAAUCCUCCCCCUCAAGGGCGGAAUUUGGGUCCCAUGAGAACAACAUCGUUCAAACCGCGGCUACCGCGGCUGGAGGACUGUCGAAUGUCUUCGUCUCGGCCAUUCCGGCAUUGUAUCAAUUAGGGCUACUGAAUACGCCCUCCAAGGAUUACUUUCGCAUCACCAUAUUGACUGCGAUAGGCGGGUAUUUCGGUCUACUUUCUGUCGCUCCGCUCCGAAAGUUCUUUCUCGUUCAUGUUGCCCGAGAGCUUGAUCUUGUCUUCCCUUCCGCCUCAGCGACAGCAAUGACUAUUCGGAGCAUGCAUCAGGCGCUUGAAGGGGCUGAUAUGGCCCGACGCAAGAUGCGGGCUUUGGUGAUUGCCUUUUCGUCUGCGCUACUUCUCCGUGUUGUGUCGCAGUAUGCGAUAGGUGUUUUUUGA